AUGCUAGUGGAAGAAGAGUACUUGCUAGCAGAUGUAAUAAAUGAACCUAAGUACAGAUUUAUCCGUGCGAUUAAACCCCCAUCACAUGUUGAGUCACAAUCACUGGAACGCACCGUGGAAGUGGCUUGUCGGAUAGUGUCAUACAUACCUUUUCUUUCCGAUCCAGUUAUGUUCCCUGGUGUAUGUGAUUUAUGGACAUCGGCUGAGCAAUUUUUAUCAAUUGGAUGUGGAGGUGAAGAAGAGCAUGCCAUUCUGUUGUGUUGUUGGUUACUAUAUUUCAACAUAUCAGCUUACGUAUUACUUGGACUUGCUUUACCUGAAGGCUCCAACGCUGCCUAUGUAUUAGCAUUUGUCAACGACAAAACGAUGCUUCUAAAUCCAUCUGAUGGAAACUGCUACUCAUCAGAUGAUGCGCUGUGUCCUAUCCUCUGUGUUGGUACAGCGAUUAGCAACCAAAAUAUCUAUGCAAACAUUCAAUCGCAUCAACAUCCGAGCCAGAUGAGCUUCGAUUUCAAGAAAAGCAACUACUGGAAGAGGUUAUUCGAUAAAGAUCGCGAUAAUCUAGAAUCGAUUCAACCAGAGUCGAUCAGAUAUUCAGAAAUCGACGACGAUACCAUUACUCAGUUGCGAUCUAAUUUAGAAAGAAAACUGAAACUUCGAUUUGAUGAGACCAGACCAUAUGGAAUACCACAAUGGAAUUUGCUAGCUUCGAGAAUACUUCGCGAGAUACUUGUAGAAUUUGAUUCCGUUGCAAUAUCAUCAUCCUCGUUAAACAGCAAUUCACCGAACGUUGACACACGUCUGGUACAAUUGAAAACGUCAUACAAAGUGAACGCUGUUGCAUUUCGUGGACGUUAUACAUCAUUCGAUCAGCUACUCGAAUGUUUGAUGUCAACGAAUAUGCAUAUUAACAGUGAGAAAAGCGUUCAAUUUGCGCUAGCCGUUCAUAUUCAACCGUUCAUGAACAACAUUGUUUCUUGUUCAUUAGCAGUCGCUGCUCUCGUUCCUCUGAUAAAUACUUAG